GUUUUUGACAAACAUGUCGAAGUUACCAUUGGAAAUCCUGAAUACUGUAUACAGUAAAUUAAGGAAAAAAGAUGUUUUUCAAUGUGCUCUAACUUGUAAAAGCUGGAAAGAAAGUGCAUUGUCAUUUUUCUACAAGGACCUGUCUAUCAAAAUCUAUGGAACUUCCCUAACAAAAAAGUUGUUACAUUUGGAUCCCAUUGAACGCGAUCGUUACUUUCAACACGGCACUUCAACAAAAAAACUUGUUGUUCGUUCGGAUGAAGCUGAAAAUAACUUUAUGGGUACCCUUUCAUCAGAAGAUACUGACAAUGAGUACACAAAGGAAGAAUGGCUCAUACUUUUGGGAUAUCUGCCAAACAUACAAGUUCUGAAUUUAGUUGACGACAAAUAUCUGCAAUACAUCCUUGAUUCUGAUGAUUCUGAUAAAAUAUUAACCAAAAUCAUGGAAAUUACACCGUGCCGUGACAUUGAAUUUGAAUCUUAUUUUGCUGUCUGCUACAAGUUUCAUGGAACUAUCGCAAAAUUAAAUGUUAAAUACGAUACCCGGGAUUUUAAAAUGGGAUCUAUCAAAGGCAGAAUGCUCACCUUGUUGAAUAACUUCACCAGCUUGACUCAUUUAACAUUUGAUAACAAUUAUGAUAGACAGUUAACCACAUUCGACAUCAUGGAUGCUUGUCCUCAUUUGGCAUCACUAACAUACUAUAGCGGAUACUACAUUCCGGAUUCAAUUAUAAAGAAAAUUCUUGAUGAUGACUCAAGCCCUAAGAGGUUGAAUAGUAGCUUUAAAGAACUAAUGUUAUCGGUCCCAACCAUUCCCGAGCAUUAUGUCACUUACCUCAAGCAAUACCUUGCCACGCAUAUGGAUGUCGUAGAACUAAAUAUUCAUGAUAUAGAUGUUUUCGAUUGGGUGGAAAGAUUUGGACUUGAUAAUGCAGUGGAUUUUUUGCGCAGUUUGAGCAAGGUAAAAACAGCCACUAUCAAAUGGACACCUGAUAUGCACUACGAUAGACAAACAACCAGUACUGAAUCCGAACUCACAAUUAUGUAUACAUUACUCAACGCAAUGAGAAGAAAUGAAGAAGUAUACUGUGAGGUCCACUAUGAGGAUUUUCAAAGUGUAGACAAGUCUAUCAAGUUAGCUCCAGAUGGAAGCUUGUAUAUUGGUUAUGGUUUGAAGCAAUCGGACUAUUAUCACACGACAACAAUCGCUGAAGGGGAAUCGGACGAACAGCCGAGGAGUGUUAUUCAAUUUGUAAUGCCCAAUCGUUUAAUUUCAAAAAUAGGACCCGAAGUCAUCCAUAAUAUGGCAUUUAUUGUGGGCGACACAACUCCGGAUUUGCCGUUAGAGUUCUUACGAUACGCAUUGAACAAUUGCCCUCAUCUUCAGCAGUUUUAUUAUAGUUCAAUGUACAGACCAAGUCGUGGUAUAUUCAUUGGCAUUGACUUUGAAAAAAAAUAUGACCUUGUCGCGAAGAGGAAUGAUUUAUCGCAUACAAUUCAAGAAAAUAUCAAGGUUGUAAAGCUUAGAAACAUGAUGCCAUCAAAUGAACUAUUGGUUCUGAUGAGAACGUACAUGCCUGCAACAGAAUCCUUUAUAUGCGGCCAAGAUAAAUAUGUAGACCUAUCAAAGGAACCAUUUGAAGCAGACUUGACAGCAUUUAAACAGCUAGAUUUAGUUCAAUUGAGUGCUCGAAUGUUAUGCGGCAAAAAUCCACAAAAUACUACAUUUAUGGAGAUACAAUUCGUGGAUAAAGAUUGGGAAUAUUACUGUUUAGAAAUAGAUAAAACUGAUUUGACGAUAACAAAAACCACUUUGGAACAGACGAAAGAACAGAUAAGCAAAGAAAAUGAAUGUAUCCGAAAAUGUGUCGUCCAAUGUCACAAUCACGUCAAAUUCGUAGUUUCCUUUGGCUAUUCUAAGACCAUAGAAAUUAGUAAUGGAGAAAUCAGCAGAUUAGACGAGCAUCUUUCUUCAUCAAUGCAUGACCGAUUUAUUCUUUAGUUUUACUGACGUUUCCACCUGUGGCAUAUCAUCGAACCCUUUGGUUUCAAAAAAAAAAAAAAAAAAAAAAAAAAAA